GAGACGCAUUCUCACGGAGUACACACACGCAUUGGCUACAUCUACUGUAGACAAAUUCGUGUUUCACUGAUGUGUCUGUGUAUCCGCUGUAUAUCUGUUAAAACCAUUUCAUCAUAUGGCUGAGUUAUGUUUAGUAGAGAAAUGACAUACAGUUUCUUACACGGUAUUUUUUUCACGUAAUUUUGUCUUAUUACCCCCCUGUUUGUUAUUUCGAGGCCGUUAUUUUGUCGUCCACCCCCUCUCUCUCUUUUUCUCCCCAUCUCCUUUUCCUCUCUUUGGGAGUGCGACGGUCUUCGAAUAAGCUUCUGAAAUAAUAAGCCGGCAGUAGCCCAACUAUCAUGUCCUCCUCCGUGACUGCUUCCUGUGAAUAAGAGGACCAGAGCGAGAGCGUCCAAUCACAAUCAAGAGCCUCCACCAGCACAUCUUUCCAGUGAGAGAGAGAGAAAGAGAUAGAGGCCAAAAAGAGAGAGAGAGAAAACGAGUGCAGGAAGGAGAGGGGGAGAGAGUGAGAACAGUCGAUGGAUGCUGUCCGGAUUGAGGGGACAGCGCAUUCUUCAUUAACGAGGAAAAGAAAGAUUUCAAAAUGGAGUCGAAGGAUAGAAACUCGGCGGCAGGGAUGGUUUGUGAGAAGGGGAUCCAGAUCCUCCUCACCACCGUGGGGGCCUUUGCAGCCUUCUGCCUGAUGACGGUUUCUAUAGGGACGGACUACUGGCUGUACUCCCGCGCCUCCAUCUGCAACAGCACCCGCAACCACUCAGACGACCCCCACAACAAGGACAAGAAGGACCCCGGAGCCCUCACCCACUCUGGCCUCUGGAGGAUCUGCUGCCUGGAAGGGGUGAAAAGGGGAGUGUGUUCUCAGAUCAACCACUUCCCUGAGGAUGCUGACUUUGACCAUGAUGGGCCAGAGUAUGUUCUACGUAUGGUCAGGGCUUCCAACAUCUUCCCUAUCCUCAGUGCUAUCCUGCUGUUGAUGGGAGGGGUGUGUAUCGGUCUCAGUCGCUUCUAUAAGCACAAGAGGAACAUCGUCCUGGGAGCAGGCAUUCUCUUUGUGGCUGCAGGUCUGAGCAACAUCAUCGGUGUGAUUGUGUACAUCUCUGCAGCGCUGGGAGACAUCUCCCCUAAGAAGGACGAGGACAAGAAGUGGCAGUACAGCUACGGCUGGUCCUUCUACUUCGGAGGCCUGUCCUUCAUCAUGGCUGAGAUGGUGGGCGUUCUGGCCGUCAACAUCUACAUCGAAAAGAACAAGGAGCUUCGCUGCCGCUCGCGCACUGACAUCUUCAAGGGGACCACGCACGCCAUGCUCCGCCUACCCAGCUACCGCUUCCGCCGUCGCUCCCGCUCCUCAUCCCGCUCUACUGACCCCUCACGCUCCCGAGACCCCUCGCCGGUGGGGGGAGGCGGGGGGAAGAACUUUGGCCUGCCCCCCUCGGCCAUGCUCUCCCAGGGGCCCAUGUCUGUGGCCACGCUGCCCAACCCUCACUCUCGCUCCCACACCACCCUGGCGGGGGGUGACAUCUCCCUCUACACUCUGUCCCGCGACCCCAAGCUGGCUGGCCUACCCCCCAUGUACGGCACCGUGGACCGCGCCACCCUCUACCAGCUCCACAACUGCUUCCCCAAGGACGGGGGAGGAGGGGGUGUGAUGAUGAGCGGCACACUGCCCUCUCUGAAGUCCCACAACCCCUCGCUGUCCCAGAAUUCCUCCAACUCCAACGCACCCAUGGGCAACUCGGUGGGCUCGGGGCCCCCACCCUUCUCCUCGUCCACGGUGGAGAGAGAACGAGGGAUGGGAACGCUGGACAGGCUAAAGGGAGAUAGAGAGAGCAACUCCAAUACGCUCAACAGGAAGACAACACCCGUGUAGAG